CUGUAAAAUGGUGCACCUACCACAUUUACAGUCCAUAGUAUACACAUCAUGGAGACGCUUCGAAAUUAACCGCAAGUGCCCAAUUUGCGCAAAGAUGUAAACUUGUAGACACAACAAUGGCAUUAACGUACAAAUCUCCUAUAUCGUUAGGAAUAUUUCUGGUUCUGGUCCAUACGUGCGCCCCAUCCGGGUUUGGUAAAUGUCCUCGGCACGAUUAUAUACAAAAUUUUAGUUUAGAGAGGUUUGCGGGUCAUUGGUAUGAAAUUGAAAGGACGUUUUAUUUAAUGGAACUAACAGUAAGCUGCACAACACUCGACUUGAUUGAUAAUAACAAAGGACAAUUGGAAGUAACAGUAACGACGCUUAGCAGAUGGUCCGGUAACCUUCGUGUAAGUGAAGGCAUUGCGAGUUCGUCCAGAAAAGAUCCAAGUUUGUUCCUUUAUCGGGUAAAUACAAUUCUACCGCAAACUUUGGCCAAAUAUUUGCCAGGUGCCGGUUUCUAUCAAGUACUGGAUACGGACUAUGAUAGAUUUGCAAUACUAUGGUCUUGUUCCAAUUUUGGCGUGAUCUAUACUGAUCUAGUGUGGAUUUUCGCGCGUGGAAAGGAAAUCGACGCCCAAUUAAGGGCGAAAAUUUACGAAUUUCUUAAAACCAAAGGGAUAGACUCGGAAAGGCUGGUGCUGCCCAAAAAUAAUAACUGCACCGAUGAAUAUUAAUCGCGUCGUUCUAUUAACUCUGUAAUCGUAUGCAUUAAAGAAACCUUAAAACGUAAUCCUAUUGUGGAUUCGGUUUUAA